CUUUUCCUUCCUCUAACUAUCUUCUUUUAAUAUAGGCAUUGAGAUACAAGCUUUUUUUAUUUAUAUUAGCACAUCUACAAAGUGAUCUAAAAUAUUGCGAUUCUAUUUUUUCCUUAAAAGGGAGAGCUCUUUAACACUCCUCUUCCUUCUUUUAGUUUUUUUUUUAUCAUUAUUCUAUCUAUUAUGACAGACACAGAAGGUGCUUUUCAGUCUUCCUUCAAAAACAAGAGUUCAGUGACCCAGUACUCUUUACAACAACUACAAAAACUUUCAGUAGAUGAUGUUCAAGAUGUUCGACAAACAGAAUCUAUUUCUGUUACUGGAACAUGUUUCUGUUGCGAUAGCGAGUUAAAAUACCCUCAUCAUGUAUCUCGAUUUCGUUGCCCUGUUUGCGAUACCAUCAACGACCUUAAACCACAUGUCCGACAGCAACUUGCUAACCAGCCACUUACAUUAAAAUCACUCAAAAAGUCAGUGAAUGAAUGUAAACAAAAAGAAAGAAAAAGACGAGUUAAAAAUGUACCUAUGGACGAUAAAGAAAGAGAAAAGAUAUAUGAACCCAUUGAAAAAAUGGUGGAGACUGUAUUUGCAAGUUGGGUUUGCUUAAACCAUAGUUUCUCUAACGGUCAAGAAACAACAUUAGAGGAUAGUGGAGUUGAUAUGAAUGACACUAGAGACGCCUAUAGAAUCAUUUUAAACUUGCCUGUCAAUGUCAUUCGAGCCAUGAUGUCAGCCAUUGAUAGACUAUUAAAAAGACCAGCAGUACCAUUACGAAGAAUGAUUGAUAUUCGAUUUCUCUUGAUUAUCUUAGAAAACCCUCUAUUAGCGCAGCACAAUUUUCCUGCAGAAACAAAAUAUCAUCACAAUUUACUGAAGCGAGUAUUCGGUCUCCUUAGUUGCCUCAAUAAUGAAUGCCAUCUUGCUCUAGUAAAUUGGUUUGCAAAUUAUCCAGUCAAAGAGUUUAGACUCAAGAUCGAUUUGAUCCAUGCAUUUCUUAAUCAUCGAAUAUCAAGAGCAAGGCGAAGUCAGCUUAGCUUGCCCACUGCUUAUGAAUCAGAUUGGAAAAUCAACAGUGCAUCUCGAGUCAUGGCUUUAUUAUUUGCUGCUAACAAUCGAGCCAACAAAGUGCCUAUUUCUGACUUUUAUAACACAAUGGCUGAUUACAUUGAUUUAAUGGGCGAUUUUGAAUCAUGGCAAUCAAAAUCAGGCAAAUUUGCAUUCUGUCAGUACCCAUUUUUGAUCAGCAUGGGCUCCAAAAUGAAGAUUGUCGAAUCAGACGCAAAACAACAGAUGGAAACUAAAUGGAGAGAAGCGUUUUUUAACAUGCUAUUUCAUCAAAAGGCUUCCAACCCUUACCUUAUUUUGCGUGUUUCUCGGGACAAUUUAAUUGAAGACUCACUUCGACAAUUGGCACAAAAUGAAGUGGAUUUGAAGAAAUCAUUACGACUUGAAUUUAUAGGCGAAGAUGGUGUAGAUGCAGGUGGUUUGCGUAAGGAAUGGUUCUUAUUGCUCGUACGUUCUUUAUUCGAUCCUCAGUAUGGCAUGUUUACCUACGACGAAGACUCGAAUUUAUGCUGGUUUAAUCCUGUUAGUUUUGAAAAUGAAGACCAGUUCUUUUUGGUGGGUGUUGUACUUGGAUUAGCUAUCUACAAUUCCACCAUUCUGGAUGUACAUUUACCUACAGCUUGUUACAAAAAGCUGUUGAAUUUGCCCACUGGAUUACAUGAUUUGAGAUCAUUUCGACCUGCCCUGGCAAAAGGAUUUGAGCAACUCUUGGCGUUUGAGGGCGAUGUAGAAGAUGUGUUUUGUCGAUCAUUUGUAGCCGAAACAGAAGCCUUUGGACAACGUCAUUGUGUGCCUCUGAUAGCCAAUGGAGAACAAGUGAUGGUUGAUCAGCAGAAUAGGCAAGAUUUUGUAUCUCUCUAUGUUGAUUUUAUCUUGAACAAAAGUGUCGAGCGACAGUUUGGUGCCUUUAAGCGUGGAUUUUAUUAUGUGUGUGGUGGUAAUGCGUUGUCUUUAUUUCGACCUGAAGAAAUUGAAUUGCUUGUCCGAGGUAGCGAUGAGCCUUUAGCCAUUGAUGAUCUUAGAGGUCAAACAGAAUAUAUUGGUUUUGACGAAAACGAAGAGACUGUUGUUAAUUUUUGGAGCAUCAUGAAGAAUAUGCAGCCUGAAAUUCAACGCAAAUUACUCAUGUUUGUCACUGGAAGCGAUCGUAUCCCAGCGACAGGAGCGACCCAAUUGCACCUUAAGAUUAUCUGUGGUAACAAUGGCGAUAGUGAUCGACUUCCCUCAGCACACACAUGCUUUAAUCAACUCACACUCUACAAAUACCAUACAAAAGAAAAACUAGAAAAGAUGUUACUUACUGCUAUUCAAGAAAGUCAAGGUUUUUAUGUAAAAUAAAACGAUGA